AUGCACUCACCCCAUAAACUUACCUGCCUACCGCCGUCCCGUCGAUCACCAGCAGCUUUCUUUUCUCUGCUCAAGGUGCCGUACGGUUGCCCUCGACACUACCGCGACCACCAACGACCCGAUGUAUGCCCUCCGUCCCCAUCGGUGCAGCGGCACGACGAUGCAUCGGAUCAGGAGCAGCAGGGAACUCGCCAGAUGGGGGUGCAUCAACCAAGACACACGAAAUCUUUGGAGACUUUUCACACGUCUGGGCUUGCCAUCAACUGGGACGGGAAGCUGGAGGAACAAGCAUACAUACCUUACUGCGUCCCUACCCACGAAAGGUACGUACCGUACUUGUCGGGCGGGUGUGGAGCCGGCUCCAAGGCCCCAAAGUGCAUGAUCCAAGUCAGCGAUCCCAUUGAGAAAUCUGGGCCAGCCGCUAGGUACGACGACCACGACAAUGACGAGACGGCAGCCAGUCUCUUUGACUUACCCCGUUGUUCACUAGUGCCGGGCAGAAGGAAACGACGACUCGAAAGGUGCCUUCUUCCACCACUGAGAUCAGGGGAGGUCCCAGAGAGAAUUGUGUCUGGGGAGGGGGAGGCAGAAGGGGCGGGCAGCCUUCGAGAAAACGAUAAUUCUCUGCUAAUCCCGUGGUCCCCCGUCCAUCAAUUUGUUGUUGUGGUCCAUCGAACUUGGGGUUUGGUGUUUGGGGCUGCUACUCAAGGCAGGGUUCCCGGGAGAGCCACAUUUCGGGGCACUUUGAAGGUGGUCCUGACACCCCCAAGUCACAAUGCCGCCCCUUGCGCUUUGUCCCAAGUACCGCCUGGGGGCCCAGCCGGCUCACCGGGGAUGGAUCCUCCUACCUGGCACACUCCCAUCCAAAAUAGCACCGGCACGACUGGGUAUCAAAAGUGCGCGAUUGCGCUCAAUCUCUUGCUCAGUGCACACGGAUCGAUGCCUAGGUACCGGCGUGCAUAUCGACGAGCGUUCAUCGUGGCCGCACCAGAAGAAAAGAAGAAGAAGAAAAAAACCUCGAUGGUUUCAGGGGGAUACGGGCAGCUGGACCGCGACGGACAGAGGGCUGGAGACGUUGAACUUUCAAGAGUCGAAAGAUACAUUGAAAAGUACAUACAUACACGGAGAGCGAUGCACGGACUGGCUAGAGCUUUUGUACAUGUCGAGCCCACCAUCAAGUCCCACCUUACGUAA